UGUUGGAGCGCAGACCGGGUUUAAUGAGAGCGUGAGAGAGGGAUCAGUUCUGCUCGCGGUGGAUCAGGUGCUUCGGUCUGAGCUGGAGAUCAUGACCCGGACCCGGGUCCGCUCAGCACGGCUCUGGACUCGGGUUUAACCCGAUGAAGAGGAUUUAAAGCGGAAUAUCGACCUGCGGAGCGAUGGAAGAUCACCUGCUGAAGUUCAUCCAGCGGGUCAGGUUCCUGUCUGAGAGCGGCUGCGAUGGGGACAAUGAGAUCACUGCUGAGUACACCAGAAUUCGGCAACAGAACGGCUCUCUGAAAGAGAAGUAUGGACUGACCACUGAGACGGGAGGACUCAAAGAAAACAUAAAGAAAAACCGAUACAAGGACAUUCUGCCCUAUGACCAGACCCGCAUCUACCUGAGCCCAACCCCACCUGAAUAUAAUUCUGAUUAUAUUAACGCCAGUUUCCUCACGGGGGCGGCUGAGAAUAAGACAUACAUCGCCACUCAGGGCCCUCUGAGCAGCACGGUGGUGGAUUUCUGGCGUAUGACUUGGCAGUAUAAUGUUCAGGUCAUAGUCAUGGCCUGUAAGGAGUUCGAGAUGGGGAAGAAAAAAUGUGAGGUCUACUGGGGUUCUUUAUCAGAACCGUCCACUUUUGGGCCCUUCACUGUCUCAACUGUGGAAGAGUCGUGCCCGAAUGAGGAAGUAAUAGUGCGGACGUUGGCGGUGCAAUACUGUGAUGAAACUCGAACUGUGUCUCACUUCCAGUACACUGCAUGGCCGGAUCAUGGAAUACCGUAUGUGCCUGAUGGCAUUCUGGGAAUGAUGGAGUUGACUAGUAUGAGACAACGUCACCAUACUGGACCAUUACUUGUCCACUGCAGCGCCGGCUGUGGAAGGACCGGGGUGAUCUGUGCCAUCGACUACAUUAAUGACCUUCUGCAGCAAAAGAAAAUUGAUGAAGAUUUCAGCAUCAUGGACAUCGUUCUGGACCUGAGGAGACAAAGACCAGCAGCUGUUCAGACUAAGGAGCAGUAUGAAUUUGUGUUUCACACUGUGGCUCAGAUGUUUGAGAAGUUCCUGAAGCAGAAGCAGAGGGGAUCUCCGUCUUUCUACAGCAAUGUGGUUCCUCCAAAACCAGCAGUGAGGUCAGUCUCCAUCGGCGGCAACAGAAGCUUCGACCCAACGACAAGGAAACCGCCUCUCCUCCGGCCCAGAUCUUCCCAUCCUCCUCCAUCCACCAAAAUGAACGACACGUACGCUGUAGUCAACAAGUCCAGGCACUCCGCCGCACCAGCUACCAUCCACCACUACGACAAUUUAGACUCUGAGAAACAGAAGACACCCAACAACGCUCUGUACAGCACUGUUAAACCAAAAAUCAGACCCGCUGGAACUCCGCCUGUUCCCGACAGAACAGCAGGAUCGUCCAAUCAGAGGAGACCAGUGGCGCCGUCGGAGUUGGGUCACUGUGGCUAUGAACCUUUACCAGACUUCCGGACAAGAGACUCACAGCUGUUCCCGCCUCCGACUCAGGGGACGUCUGACAGCCACAGCUCCACAGAUGAUGAUUAUGAAUACGUCUCUAACGUCUCCACCAUCUCGAACGUCUCCAACACCAAUAGCUACUCCGCUCCAGGCGGCAUGGGUUUUAACUGUCGAAUAAAGAAACCCAAAGGACCCCGAGACCCACCGGCAGAAUGGAAUCGGCCAGAAAGAUGAACCAGCGACAGUGCACAGCUUCACCUAUUAUUAUUGUCAUGCAAAAACCUUGUAUCUCCAUUUUUAAUGUAUGGAACUGUUUUAUUUUAUAUGAAUCAGGCUCAUAUUUUGUUAUUUUACAUUGGAUGUAACAAUAGAAUCAAAAAUGACAUAUACAGGUCUGUAAAAAAUUACGAGAGCACUUCAGUUUCUAAAUUAGUUUCUCUGAUUUUUAAGCUAUUUAUAGGUUUAUGUUUGAGUAAAAAAAGUAUUUAUAAAUUAAAGUAUUUAUUUGCAGAAAAUGAGAAAUAUUUAAAAUAACGAAAGAAAGUGCAGAACUUUCAGACCUCAAAUAAUGCAAAGAAAACAAACAAGUUCAUAUUUAUAAAGUUUUAAGAGUUCAGAGAUCCAUAUUUUUCGAUAUAUUAUUCUCCUCCACCAGUCUUACACACUACUUUUGGAUAACUUUAUGCUGCUUUACUCCUGGAGCAAAAAUUUAAGCAGUUCAGUUUGGUGGUUUGAUGGUUUGUGAUCAUCCAUCUUCCUUCUCUUAUUUUUUUCAGAGCUGUAUAUUGGAAUAAAUAAAUAAAAAUAUAUAUUUUUUAAAAUAACUUCCUUUUAUAAAGUCCUGUUAAAGUUGCCAUAUUGGAGAUAGAAGAUUUUUGCGUGACAUCAUUUGUUACAGCAGUGUGUGCUGAGAGGUUUAGUCCACUAUCACUGUCUGCUGAUUUUACCAGUUUUUAAGCAGUUAAAUCACCAAAUUCUCUUAGACUCCGCCCCUCUAGGAGUGAAAUCACUGAUCUCAGGUGUGCAGUACUUUGGUUUAAAGGUAAUAAAGGGGUAGAUUUUAUUUUUUUUAUUAUUAAAAAAUUGUGUAAUUUAUUGUGUAUUAUUUGUGUGAUCUGCAUUAAUAAAUAUAUGUGUGCAUUUUGUA